ACCAACACAGCUCUGCUUCAAUGGCGGCCUUCGAGCACUUCAAAGAACACUACAAAGACAUGUAUGAUGUCAAAUUGAAGCCUCGAAUGCUGCGGACGCUCAUCAGGAAACAUCUGCCGGACGAGAAGCAGCCUCUUCACAGCUCCUUUGAGCUGGCCAAGGUUGUCUCCACCAUCCAAACUCACAGUCUCCUGUCGGAGUCAUUUGAAGAAGAAUCCACGGAUCAGAAGCUGAUCCAGAGCUGGAAUUCUGUCAUCGAUGACUGGGUUAAUCGUGUUUUGCUACUGGCCUCGAGCAACAUGUCAGAUAAAUGUUGGGCAGGAAUCUGUCUUCUGGGUUUGACUUGUCAAGAAUGCAGCUCUGCUCGAUUUUUUUCAUCCUACUCUGUUUGGUUUCAGAAGCUCCUAUCUCAUUUGCAGCCUCCAGCAGAUUCUCAAUUUGUGAAGGUGGCCUCCUGUACCUCGUUAUCAGAUCUAUUAACAAGAUUGGGAAGGUUUUCAAAUCUAAAGAAUGAUGGGACCUCACAUUCUGGGAAGCUCAUUCAACCUAUUUUGAAGCUCUUAAACGAGGAUAGUUCAGAAGCUGUAUGGGAUGGAGCAGUUAGUCUCUUACAUACCAUCAUAACUUUCUUUCCAGCUUCCAUUCAUCAUCAUUAUGACAAGGCGGAAGCUGCUGUUUCUUCAAAAAUUUUGUCAGGGAAAUGCGGCCCUAAAAUGUUGAAGAAACUUGGCCAUUGCCUUGCAUUACUCCCGAAAUCAAAAGGAGAUGAGGGUAGCUGGUCUUUAAUGAUGCAGAAGAUUCUGGUUUUGAUAAAUGACCAUCUGAAUGAUGUCUUCCAAGGCAUGGAAGAAGAAGCUAAAUCUGCUAAGGUUAGAAGAUUAUUGGUUCCACCUGGAAAAGAUCCCCCACCUCCGUUGGGAGGUCAUACAUCGUUAAUAGGAGCCAUAGAAAAGACGAUAAAGAGGUCUGAUCAGUUGCUUACGUCCAGUGUCUCAACUCUGAUGAUUUGCUGUUGUAAGCUACUUACAAGUUCAUACCCUGUUCAGGUACCUGUUCCAAUUUGCUCAUUAUUAUCUCUUAUUGAGAGGGUGCUGAUGAUGGAUGGUUCUUGUCCACAAACCAUGUUGCCCUUUAUGACUGCCAUGCAACAGGAGUUAAUUUGUUCAGACCUUCCGGUUUUGCAUGUGCACAGUUUGGACCUCCUCAUUGCAGUCAUCAAGGGAAUGAGCAGAAAGAUGUUAAGUAACUUUCCAAAUUCUUCUCAGGACUUUUCUCCAUUUCAAACUUGGCAUCCUCCUGAUUCCUUUGUUAAGAGGACCAAUCUCAAUGGCUCCUUCAAUCAUUUGUUGCCACAUGCUGCAGAGGUUGUAAGACUUGUUACCAAGUAUUUCAGGAGAUGUGCACUGCCAGAAUUAAGGAUAAAGCUGUACUCAAUCACUAGGAUUCUACUCAUAUCCAUGGGUGUUGGAAUGGCAAUGUAUCUUGCACACGAUAUUGUUGACAAUGCAUCCAUUGAUCUGAAUUCUGUUCUAGAGGAAAAUGCUGGAACAUCUGCUUCAGACCCAAACUCCAUUAAAAUCCAAUCUGCUAAGAGGAAAAGAAAGCACGGUGCUAGUUUUGAAUCUUCUGAGGAGCAGCAAGACAAAACAAACACUGGUUUAGAGGUUGGAGCACACAAGAAGCACAAAAUAAUUCCAAUUUCUUUAAAGAUGGCUGCUCUUGAGGCUUUAGAAACUCUUCUUACUGUGGGUGGUGUUUUAGGAUCUGAGAGUUGGCGAUCUAGCAUUGAUAAUCUUUUGAUAAUGAUAGCAACAUAUUCUUGUAAAGGGGGAUGGGCAAAUGAGGAAAAUGACAUCUUUCUACCCCAUGAAUCAACCUCGAUUUUGGCAGAUUUUCAGCUUGCAGCAUUACGUGCACUCUUGGCAUCACUUCUUGCCCCAGCCCGAGUCCGUCCACCAUAUUUAGCUCAGGGACUUGAUCUUUUUUGUAGGGGCAAGCAAGAAGCUGGGACAAAGAUUGCUGGAUUCUGUGCCUAUGCUCUUUUGACUUUGGAGGUGCUCAUACACCCCAGGACCCUUGCACUGGAUGAUUUUCCCUCAGCAUGUCCUAAUUUAUCCAAAGAAAUGGGACAUGAUGCACCUGAAUUAGAUUAUGAGGAUGAUGAUUUCCUGCUAAAUGUCAAUGAUUCUCCAGAAAAAUACCCUGGGAAGUGUAUGAAGGAUACUGUAGAACCAUUUAAGAGCAAAGAAACUGAUUUAGUUGAAAAGCUUCCAGAAACUAAUUUUGCUGAAAAGCCUCCACCUUCUGAUGCCUGUGGUAUAAAAGCUCCAGAGAUAAGUGAGUGGGAACCUGCAACUGGCAAUGCAGAUGUUCAGAUGAUAAGUGAUGAGGACCAAAUUAUUGUGGAAUCCCAUCAGUUUCAAAAACCAGUUCAGUUCCAGGAAGUUGUUUCUGCCAAAAGUGCCACAAAUCAUGAAUUUGCUGGAGAUCCUCAAGGUACCGAACUAAAAUUGGGAAGAGCUGCUUCAGGCAGUGAUUCAUUAUCUCAUAAAGAUCAUGACAUGGUAUCAACAGUAAAUAUAUCACAGGACAAAGUUGAAGGAUCUGCUAAUGUCAGUGGAACUACUCCCUCAGUCAUACCAAGGGCUGACAAAGGUAAGGAUCCUUGGAAUGAUGGUUCGGACAGUGAUUCCUCUAACGAUUCAUUCCCUGAUAUUGUCGAUGCAGAUCCUGAUUCUGAUUCUGACUAGGAAUUAUGUUGAAAUUUCUGGCCAGACAUGAGUCUGUUAUUUAUACAAUAGAGUGUAACCAUAAUAUUGCCAAAUUUUGAUUUUACAAACUUUGUUGCGCUAUUUCUUUCAUUUCUA